AUGAAGCAGACCGUGGUGAUGUACCCCGGCGCCGGCGUCGGCCACGUUGGCCCCGUGACGGAGCUCGCCAACGUCUUCCUCAAGCACGGCUACGACGUCACCGUGGUGCUCGUCGAGCCGCCUUUCAAGUCGACAGACUCCGCCGCCACCGCCAUCGAGCGCAUCGCCGCCUCCAACCCUUUCAUCUCCUUCCAUGUCCUCCCGCCCCUCCCUGCGCCAGACUUUGCCGCCUCCGGCAAGCACCCUUUCCUACUCAUGCUCCAGCUCUUGCACGAUUAUAACGAGCGGUUGGAAGCGUUCCUCCGUGGCAUCCCCCGGAAGAGCUUGCACUCUGUUAUCCUCGACAUGUUCUGCGUCCACGCCACCGACGUCUGCGUGAAGCUCGGCGUCCCGGUCUACACGUUCUUCGUCGGGGGCGCCUCGUGCCUGUCGGUCCUAACCCAGGUCCCGGCAGUGAUCGCCGGCAGGCAGACGGGCUUGAAGGAACUCGGGGACAUGCCCCUCGAUUUCCUCGGCGUCCCGCCGAUGCCAGCGUCUCAUCUCAUCAAGGAGCUGCUGGAGCACCCCGAGGAUGAGAUGUGCAAGGCCAUGACAGACGUCUGGAAGCGCAACACGGAGACCAUGGGCGUUAUGGUGAACACGUUUGAGUCAUUGGAGAGCCGGGCGGUGCAGUCUCUCAUGGACCUCCCCGGCAGGAAGCUGCGUCCGAUCUACUGCGUCGGGCCGUUGGUCAGCAAGGGCGCCAAGGAUGCCUCCGACAAAGCAGAGAGGAACGAGUGCCUUGAGUGGCUCGAUGCGCAGCCCGACCGCAGCGUCGUGUUCCUCUGUUUCGGGAGCAUGGGCACGCUCUCGGCGGAGCAGCUCAAGGAGAUGGCCGUUGGGUUGGAGCGGUCUGGGCAGCGGUUCCUAUGGUCCGUGCGCAACCCGGCCGGAAGCAACAACCCGAAGAAAUACUUGGAGGUGCGCCCCGAGCCGGACCUUGACGCGCUGCUUCCUCAAGGGUUCCUGGAGCGGACCAAGGGCAGGGGCCUCGUCGUCAAGUCAUGGGCGCCGCAGGCGAACGUGCUCCGCCACCGCGCGACGGGCGCGUUCGUGACGCACUGCGGAUGGAACUCGGUGCUGGAGGCCGUUGCGGCCGGGGUGCCGAUGCUGUGCCUGCCGCUGGAGGCGGAGCAGAAGAUGAACAAGGUGUGCGUGACGGAGGACAUGGGCGUCGCCGUGGAGCUGGAGGGAUACAUGGCAGGUUUUGUCAAGGCAGAGGAGGUGGAGGCCAAGGUGAGGCUGGUGAUUGAGGGCGGGGAUGGGAGGCAGCUCAGGGCCCGGGCGGCUGCUCGCAGGGAAGAGGCCGAGGCGGCGCUGGGGGAAGGGGGCUCGUCGCGGGCGUCGUUUGCCCAGUUUCUGUUGGACGUGGACAAUCUCGGAAAGCAGCUCGGCGAGUGA